AUGACAAAUUUUAUUUACACGAUAUGGGCGCUGUUGUUGCACUGCAUGAACAAGUCUUUGUUCAAAACGUGUUUUGCCGAUGCUCUGGAGGACGAGCACGGCAACAAUUUCCCCUUCGGACCGCCCAUGACGUCUUUCAUCUUCGCCGUUGGAGUGUACGCAAUUACAUCUAACCUCGACUUCUACCCGGCAAAAUUUCGUAAACCAAGUCCUCUGUUGAUGGGCUUGUACGAGUUUCUGGUGACGUCGUUUAUUCUAGAAUUUUCGUUAGCCUGCAUUUGGGCUCCCAUAGACGUUCGUAUUUAUGUAUCUUUGACGCAGACGAUCCACAAGAUUUUCGUACACUUUGAGUACAAGGAAGCAGCCGUGUGGUUACUACACAACAAAUAUCCCAUGGCAAUUCUAUGUUACGUCAUCGCCAUUGGAUUUUUGCUGUCCGCGCUGUACGUCACCGGAUGGUCCGAUGUUAUCGCUAAUUCGGAUUUCAAGCGGAAGCUUUUUUUCAAUAAUCCCAAGAGCAAAGCAGUGCUGAAUCUUUCCAACGAAAAUGUGAACUUUGACGAAUCUGAAAACGACGAUUCUGCAAACCGUAAGAAGAUCAGGAAGAAAAAAACUCGAAAGACUGUGAUCAAGGAAGCUACGCUCGAAUAG